CUGGGCGUCGGGCGUAGUGGGCCUUCCGCGCCGGCUCUCCGCCUGCCUUGCCGCGCCGCCGGCCGCUGGAAGAGCUGCCGUCGGAGCGAGCGCCGGAGCCUCCCGGCCCGGGCGGGUCCCUGCUUCCGCGUAUGCGGCCUUUCCCGAGUCCAGCUGACUUCAGAACCCUAAUUCCUACGUACCUGGGAAAGUGCCCCAUAGAAGAAGUGAUGCCUCCAAGAAGAAAUGAAAAAUACAAACUUCCUGUUCCACUUCCGGAAGGCAAGGUUCUGGGUGAUAUGGAAGGAAAACAAUGGGUGCUGGGCAAGAUGAUUGGCUCUGGAGGAUUUGGGUUGAUAUAUUUAGCUUUCCCCACAAAUAAACCAGAUAAAGAUGCAAGACAUGUAAUCAAAGUGGAAUAUCAGGAAAAUGGCCCAUUAUUUUCAGAACUUAAAUUUUAUCAAAGAGCUGCAAAAAAAGACUAUAUCAAAAACUGGAUAAAACUCAAGCAACUUGAUUAUUUAGGAAUUCCUAUGUUUUAUGGAUCCGGAAUUACUGAAUUCAAGGGAAGAAGUUACAGAUUUAUGGUAAUGGAAAGACUAGGAAUAGAUUUACAGAAGAUCUCAGACCAGAAUGGUACUUUUAAAAAGUCAACUGUCCUGCAGCUAGGUGUCCGAAUGUUGGAUGUUCUAGAAUAUAUACAUGAAAAUGAAUAUGUUCAUGGUGAUAUAAAAGCAGCGAAUCUACUAUUAGGUUAUAGAAAUCCAGAUCGGGUUUAUCUUGCAGAUUAUGGACUUUGCUACAGAUAUUGUCCCAAUGGGAACCACAAACAGUAUCAAGAAAAUCCUAGAAAAGGCCAUAAUGGGACAAUAGAAUUUACCAGCGUGGAUGCCCACAAGGGAGUAGCCCUGUCCAGACGGAGUGACCUCGAGACCCUGGGCUACUGCCUGCUGCGGUGGUUCUGUGGGAGACUGCCCUGGGAGCGGAGCCUGCGGGACCCCGCGGCCGUGCAGGCCGCUAAAACAAAUCUGUUGGAUGAGCUUCCUGAGUCAGUGCUUCAAUGGGCUCCUUCCGGAAGCAGUUGCUGUGAAAUAGCCCAGUAUUUGGUAUGUGCUCAUAAUUUAGCAUAUGAUGAAAAGCCAAACUAUCAAGAGCUCAAGAAAAUUCUGAACCCAGCUGGAACACCUUUAGGACCACUGGAAUUUUCCACCAAAGGAGAAAGUAUAAGCGUGGAGACUCCAAACAAUCAAAAAGUUGUUUGUCGAAAGGCUGCAACAAAGCAAGUCAAUCAGAUGCAAAAUAGGUUAAGAGAGAACAGCAUCCACAGUGAGAGAAGUGCUGAGUCCUGCUUAACCGGGAGACAAGUGCGAAGAGAGGAGCCGCUGCCUGGAUUGCUUACCAGUGAGACAGCUCAGGAAAGCACAAGGAGAAGACAAAAGUACUGUGAGUCUCAAAUUCUGAACGAAAGAAAAAGUUCUCCAGAAAAACCCAGCUCUACACAGUUCCCAAAUUCACUUUAUGAGCCAUAUCAAGAUUUUAUCAGUCCAGAUAUACUCAACAAUUCAAAGUCUUCAUCUUGGUAUACAUCUACUUCAACUGGAAUGGAGGACAGAGACUCUACUCUCCGUGAAGACACAGAGGCGGAUGUGUAUUAUUACGGCUUUAUCGUUCUUGUUCUUUUGAUUUUAGUAGGUCUUACUUUAUACUUUCUCUGAAGAUAUCAAAUAAAAUCCUUUUGAUAAUUUUUAAAGUUA